UCAGAAUUAGUCAAACGAGAAACACGUUUUAUUUUUUCUUACGCAGAUAAAACUUUGCAUUGUGCAUUUAUCAGUAACGUUUAAAGUAUGUUGGUUUCUUGUAGUUCUCUUGAUUCAAAUUAGUCUUAAAAUUCCGGAUUUAACAUCCGUGUUAACUAUAAGAAUGCAAGCCAGUAUUGAAGGUGAGAUUGUGACAUUACAUACACACAGUUCAAGCACUGCUGACCUUGUAAACGAGCAAGUUAACAUUGCCAGGAAGGAGGAGAGCGAGAAACAUUUCUGUUUAUGUAAUCUUGGAGAUAUAAUUCACAAGUACCAACGAUGGACGACACUUUUACCGAGAGUUAAACCUUUUUAUGCUGUAAAGUGCAAUGAAGAAUUACCAGUACUGAAGGUCCUCGCUGAUCUGGGGGCAUCAUUUGACUGUGCUUGUAAGCACGAGAUAGAAAAGGUUCUCAAUAUUGGCGUAACACCAGCACGUGUCAUAUACGCACAGCCAUGCAAGCAACCUUCAAUGCUGAAGUUCGCGGAACAGAAAGGUGUGGACAAAAUGACGUUUGACAACGUGGAGGAACUGUAUAAAGUUAAGAAGAUAUUUCCAACAGCCAGAUUAGUUUUAAGGAUAAUGAUAGACAGUGAGUAUAAGGGGAAUCAAGAUUUCAGCAGUAAGUACGGGUGUCAUCCAUUGGACGUUCCCACUGUUCUCGAGACUGCGAAAGAACUAAACCUUAACGUCGUUGGUGUUAGUUUUCACGUUGGUAGCAACUGUUAUGACUCUAGGGCAUUUUCAGCAGCCAUACAGCAAUCAAGGCAGGUAUUUGAUACCGGGGCUGGUCUUGGCUUCAAUAUGACACUGCUUGACAUAGGAGGUGGUUUCCCAGGUCAACUUGAUACUGGUACAAAAUUUCAACAGAUAGCUGAUGUUGUAAACUCCAGCUUAGAUACACACUUUCCUUGCAAUGAAGGUUUGGAGAUUAUAGCCGAGCCGGGACGCUACAUGGUCGCAUCCGCUUUUACUAUUGGCGUCAACAUCAUAGCAAAACGUAUUGUGUCACACAGACCAAACAAACAAGAUAAAGGGACUGGCAUAAACAGAAAUGACCCGACUGUAAAGUCUAUAAUGUACUAUGUGAAUGAUGGAGUUUAUGGGUCAUUCCUAAGUAAACUUUCAGUGGACAGAAAAUAUGAGGCGAAAUCUUUAAAGACAGACCAAGAUGCUGCCUUGUAUGAGAGUAGUGUAUGGGGACCUUCAUGUGACAGUGUUGACUGUAUUGUAGACUCUACAUUAUUACCAGCACAUGAUGUUGGAGAGUGGCUGUAUUUCCCCGACAUGGGGGCUUACACAUUGUCAUCACACACAAAAUUCAAUGGAAUGGAAGAGCCUAAGCUAAUCUAUUACUGUCAAACCGACACUUGGAAUCGGUUAUACAGUGAGAAGUCUUACCAGUAUAAUGGACCAAAUAAUACAACAUAAGAGUUAUAUAGUCUCACAAGCAUACUUUAUGCUGUUGAAACAUGUGUUAGUCUUGUCUGAAACAAUUGCAAGUAACAUGUAUUUUAUUCCAGUCAGAUUGUAUUAUUUGAAAGCAAAUGUUCUAUUUAGUCUGACAAGUUGGAAUAUCAUCAUUUUUAUGUAUAUAUUGUACAUGUCUGAUGUACUUUUAACACAAAGUAGUAUAGGCUUUAUAUAAUAACAUAUAAUGGGAGAAUAGGAAGCAAUUUUUAUACUUAUCACAUAUUGACUUUAAACUUAAUAUACUUCUGUAUUUCUUGACAGCACUGAUAAUUAAUUGGUAGAAAGUAAAGUUUAUUUUAA